GGCAGAGGCCUUGAGGGUGUCUGUCUGGGGAACUAAGAGCAGCAGUACUUUCAGAUUCAGCCCACACAGAACUAUCCUCCAGGCCUCUAGGAGCCCGGGGGAUGUGCAGCGGGCAGAGGGGCUGGAAGUGAUCUCCCUGUGAUGGGCCCUUUCUAAGGAGAGAGGUCUCCAAGAGAUCACCCCACCGGAGAAAAGAAGGAAUGAGCGAGUUGUGAAUUUUAGACUGUUGUUGCACAUGGACCUCUGGGAAGAUGUCUGGCAAGAGCUAGGCCCACUGGCCCAUAAGGAUCCUGCUGGCUCACCUGUCACCUUGGAGGCACCUCUGGGAAGGCAAGAUGCCCAUCAACAGCACUGUCCUGUCGCUGGCCAACUAUACCUACAUCACCAUGGAGAUUUUCAUCGGGCUCUGUGCCAUAGUGGGCAAUGUGCUGGUCAUCUGGGUGGUCAAGCUGAACGCCAGCCUGCAGACCACCACCUUCUAUUUCAUUGUCUCCCUCGCACUGGCUGACAUUGCUGUUGGGGUGCUGGUCAUGCCUCUGGCCGUUGUCAUCAGCCUGGGCAUCAGAGUCCACUUCUACAGCUGCCUUUUCAUGACCUGCCUGCUGCUGAUCUUUACCCACGCUUCCAUCAUGUCCUUGCUGGCCAUUGCUGUGGACCGGUACCUGCGGGUCAAGCUUACUGUCAGAUACAGGAGGGUCACCACUCAGAGAAGAAUAUGGCUGGCCCUGGGCUUUUGCUGGCUGGUGUCAUUCCUGAUGGGAUUGACCCCCAUGUUUGGCUGGAACAUGAAAAUGACCCCAGGAUAUCACAGAAAUGCCACCUUCUUCUCCUGCCAGUUCCGUUCGGUCAUAAGAAUGGACUAUAUGGUCUACUUCAGCUUCUUCGCCGGGAUUUUAAUUCCCCUAGUUGUCAUGUGCGGCAUCUACCUUGACAUCUUCUACAUCAUCCGGAAUAAACUCAGUCAGAACUUUUCUAGCUCUAAAGAGACAAGUGCAUUUUAUGGACGGGAGUUCAAGACGGCUAAGUCCCUGUCUCUGGUUCUCUUCUUGUUUGCUCUGUCCUGGCUGCCGUUAUCCAUCAUGAACUGUGUCAUCUACUUUAAUGGUGAAGUACCGCAAGUUGUGUUGUACUUGGGCAUCCUGCUGUCCCAUGCUAACUCCAUGAUGAACCCUAUCGUCUAUGCUUAUAAAAUUAAGAAGUUCAAGGAAACCUACCUUUUGAUCCUCAAAGCCUGUGUGAUCUGCCAUCCCUCUGAUUCCUUGGACCCAAGCAUUGAGCAGACUUCUGAGUAGUUAUCCAUGAAAGAUGACUCUCUGUCUCAUUGACCUUCAGGUUGACCAUCAACAAACACUUUAGGGCCUGGCCUAUCUGCCUGGGCCAAGGGCUUUUUGCAUCAUUGAUUCCAUCUGUUGAGGUGGGGAGCAUUUGGCUGGCUGCCUCCUCUCAUACCUCCCCUACAAUGUUCUUCCUCCACUUCAAUUGUUUUUCUUGUCUUUCUUCCCGAAUUCAAUUUUCUGGAGGCCUGACUUGAGGAUGAUGUAUUAUUUUACUAUUGCCUGUGUUCCUCCUUCCCAAACAGAAGAAGAAGUCAUAGAGCCUGAAAGGUGCCUCAUUGACUUACCAACAAAAGACUCUAAUUGGUCUGGACACGUAUGUGAUAGUGACUCAGUUCCACGCCAUUGCGGAAUUUAGCAAAGAAUUCGCUCUUGGAAGAUGCCUAGGAGAUGGUACGAACAGAAGGAGUGAACUGAGUUUAAGGAGGAUUUAAACUGCUGCUGAAUUUACCUGUGGUUGUGUUUGAGUAAAUAAAAGAUGAUAGCUAA